AUGAGUGUAAAAAUGAUGAGUUCUAACAGUGAUAUAAUUUAAAACUUAGUUAUUGUUGUUGAGAGAUUAUAUAAAGACCAACCUUUCGCUAAUUAUUAAAUAAAAAAGAAAUGUCUUGAUAGAUUGAUUGAUACAUUAUUUUCAUAUAUUUUAUCUAAGUCUAUGCGACUAAAAAUAAGUAAUGCAAGGCUUGAUAGAGAGAGUCUUACUCCUUACUUAAAUAAUAUGAAAGGAAUAAAUCUACAGCUCAAUAUUCUUCAUACAAAUAUUACUGAAAUUACAUUUAAAAUGAGAUAAAAUAGCUAGUUCAAUAAGGCUCUUGCUUUGGAAGUAUUGAUUUAAAGCUUAAUUGAAAAAGGAGAUGAUUUUAAAUGUUUUGAAAAUUAUGAUUCGAAGAAAGUAAAAAGAAUAUCUAUGAGCACGAUUAUAUCUUUUAUAAGGCUUAUGGCUGAUGUUUAUGUAGAGAAUAGCAGAAGUGAUUGCGAGUAUGACACAUUUGAUAAUAAUAAAUUUUGUAUUGCUAAUAGAUUAAUAAGUAAACUGUUAGCAGAGAGAAAUAUCAAUUAGUCUAAUAAAGACUAAGUUGUAUCACUCAAUAACCUAAAAGUUUUUAAAUUUACAAAUUCUAUGCAAUAGAAUAAUUGCAUAGUCUAAAAUAAUGAAAAAGAGAAUGAUGGAUUUGGUUUCUAGAGUAAGCUAAAUAUUUCUUAAAAACCUUGCGUACAAUCAUUAACUCCCAUAUUAGGCAGAAAAAUAAAAGGUAUUUACUUGACGACUCCAAAAGAAAAGCAAACUGAAAAGAUAGUUAAAAGCCAAUGUAAUAAAAAUAGCGAAUCUAUGAUGGAUAAUGAAGAUGAAGACGAUUAUGAAGAAUAAGAAGAUGAAGAAGAAGAAGAUAAUUUUGCAAAUGAAGAAAAAUAAAAAAAUCAUAAAUAAAAUAUUCAAAUUGGAGAAUUUAAGAUUGAAAACAACAACAACAAUAAUAAAUUAAAUAAUCACGGAUUACAAGAAUAAAAGCAUAUCAAAAAUGAUGAAAGCGAAAGCAUUCAAACAGUUCAUGAUUCAGAAGUUUUUACUCCUAUCAAAGAUUUUUUCAAUUUAAGAAAGGGAUUAAUUAUUCCAUCUUAAACAGAAUAUUCUUCUUAAAUGAACACUGGAUUACAAACCACAGACAGAUAAUUUACUAAUUAUUCUGACUUAUCUUGCUAAAUUGAGAAAGAAAUGUUUGACUCUUCUCUAGAUACAUUAGUGAAAAAAGAGUAAACGGGAUUUCCAAAAAAUGUAUUUGAACUAAAUAAAAACACAGAUGAUAAUAUAUAAAGUUUUAUGGGCGCUUUCCAAAGGAAGCAAGAAGAACCUUAAAAUAUGCCUUUUUCUAUUUCUUUAAAUAUUCCUUCGAUAAACUCAAACUUUGGGUUAAACUCGAAUUUCAAUCCAAUGUCUAGCUUCGCUUAAAUAAACUCUAAACCACAAAAUAAGAUAAAUAGCAAUCAGUCUUAAAUAGGAAUAAGCAACUUUUUUAGUAUCAACAAUAAUUUAUUUUAGAGCCCAUAGAAUGUUGUUACUACAAACCAAAUUAAACCAGACACAAGUUUAAAUCAAACUAAUUAAAAUGUAUCUAUGAUAUAAAAUUCAAUUUCACAUCGACAAAAUCCCCUUAGUGUAUCAUAACUUAACAACAAUGAAAGUUAGCUUUCUAUAAAGAAUUCCUUUUUUAAUCCAUCUGCAGCAGCUUUCCAUAAAAGCUAAAACUAAAACUAAGACCUAAUUAGCAAUAAAUUUGUUCUUAAUCCAGUUUAGGCUCAAAAUGUUUCAAUGAAUUAAACAAUUCUAAGUGAAAAUAUUUCUCUUUACCAUUAGAAAAAUAAAGACAACUUGUAAGAUUAGAUUCUCGAAGACAAAUUAAGUGGUAAUUUCAACAACAAUAACAAUAAUGUUUUGGGCUUGAAUUUUCUUUCAAGCAGAGGAUCAAAUAAUUUGGUUAGUUAGUUUUUAAAAGAUAAGUCUGAUAGGAGCUAAUAAAGAAAAAUAGUUUUCUAGCAAGGAUUUCAAUAUGAUAACAAAGAUUUUGAUUAAUUUUUAAAACAUGAAAAUGAAAUUGUUUCUUCAAGUCUUUGGGAAGAUUAUGAUAUUAGAAAAAGCAAAAUUCAAAAUAAAAACUUACAAAUAUCAUAAACAGCAAUAUUUACUAAGCAAUCAUGUGAAGAAUUAACUUAAUAAUCCAAUAAACACUACUCAAAUUUACUCACUACAGACCCUGAAAUUGUUUCUGAAAAUUUCAUACUACAUUCUGUAAUUAGCAUGCUUCAAGGAAUCCACUCUGACCUUUUUUAAUUAAAUUUAUAAAACUAUGAAUUUUACCUGAAGAAAUUAAACAUCACUCUCCCCCACAUAACACAUGAAAGUCUUCUGAUAUAUCUGGAAUAAUAUGUUGGAACAGCUACAAAAAUAAUUAGACUACAAGCCAUAUUAAAUUACUUUAAAAAUGCUCGAAAUGAGUAAUUAGAGCAAAGAGAGGUGUUUGACUUGAUAGGGGAAUGCCUUCAAUGCUUAGAUAGUUAAUUAUUAGAUUUAAGAUUAAAUAAUUGCAGUAUACUGGAAUUGCCUUUAUAGUUAAGAUAGUCAUUUAGAGAAAUCGAUCUGAUGUAUUUUUUAAUAUUUUCAAACUAUUAGUAAAAUACAUAGUUCAAUUUUGAUCUAAAAAUUGCUAUUUCUUCUUUACCUACUAAUACUGAUCUCUUGAAUAUCAUUUAUAAUAAAUUGGAAAAGGAGUCUAUUUCUUAGAUAGAUUAAGAAAUUCUUUUCACAUUUUUUAGUCACAUCCUCUAGCCUCUUAUUUCUAAUCUUACCUAAUUUGUUAUUACUGGUAAAUCAAAUGAAGUUAUUUAUAAAAACUUACCUGUGUUUUUAAGAGAAUCUUUCCCUAGAAUCCAAGAAGUCUCACAAAAUUUAUCUUUGCUUAAAUAGUGUGACUUAGACCAUUUCAAUGCAUGCUGUUAAAUCAAUUAAGAAUAAAAAGGAGAUUUAUGUUAAAUUCAAAUAUCUCAAGAUAUUUUUGAGAUUAGAUAAAUAGAAAAACAAUUUAACUAUCUAAUUUAAAGCAGAAGAGAUGCCAUCGGAAAGCUAUUACAGCAAAUUAAAUAUAAAAAAGAAGUUAAAAAAGCUCAAGAGCUCGAACAAAAACUCAACUAUGUCAAGACAAUCAAAGAAAAUUUCUUGAGAAAAGUAGAAAUGAUUUAGUAGCAGAAGAAAGAACAGCAUGAACUGAAGCUCAAAAAAGCUCAAGAAGAAUUAAACCAACUUGAAAUAAAGAGAAUAUAAGCCAAAUACAAAAAGCUUUUUGAAUAACAAGAAGAAAAAGCCAUUAUUUUACAAAAUCAACUCAAAGAAAAUGAAAGAAUUAAAUAAGAACAAUUAGAAAUUAUAAAGAACAAGAUCCAAUAAGAUUUCUCGAGUCUUACUAAUCAAGAAAAAAAAGCAGCGGAGUAAUAAUUGCAACCAGGAAAUAAAGAAAUAUUUGAGACAGAAAAUGAGUUAAAAAUAUUGUAUGAAAAAGCUUAGUAACUUAAAGAAAAUCAAAUGGUUGAAGAAGUGGAUAUCACACCUAAGCACUAAGCAGAAAUUAACCUUUAGAAAAUGUAUGAAGAAAAAACUAAAUUGUUAGAAGAAGAGCAAAGGAAGGGCGAAGAGGAAUAAAAUGAAUAGACUGAAUUUUUGAAAUCAAUUUACGAAUAGAAAUAGUAAGAAUUAACACAAAGUUUGGUAAACUUGAAAAAACAAUCACCUUAAAAAUUGAAAAAAAAUGACUUAGAAUCAAGCGAUGAUGAAAGCAUUAUUAAUGAUGAAGAAAUAUUAGCUAAUUAAAUAAAGAUGUUUUCCUCUUAUAAACAGAAGCAAAUUGUUAAUAAAAUGAGUGAAGAAAUAAUGGUAGAAGAAGAAGAAAAAGGAUAAAUGCAAAAUGAAAAACUUAUGCAAAAGGACAAUUUGUAAAAAAUGGAAAUAGAAGAUCUUCAAAUAUAGUAUGUAAAUGAAGAAAAUUAAAAUGGUGAAAAGAGUCCUUCACAGGGAUUAAAUGAUUGCCAAAAGUAUCCCAACACUCCUAUUAGCGUUAUUAUAUAAGCUUGCAUUCAGAAUAUCAUUAAAUCCUAAGCUUUAAUUACGAAUGAGGCGAUUAUGAAUAUAAUUUUCGAAAAAUAUAACAUAAUGAAUAUAUUUUCCUUUUUAAAGAAAUACAUGUUUUGUGAGCGAGGAGAUAAAAUUGAUGAUUUUUUAGAAGUCAUUGUAAAGGAAAAUUGUUAAAUAGAAUUGAUUUCGUUGUAUGAAGCAUCAUCUUUGUUUGACGAAGAGGACUUUUUAGAACCUCUCAAUUAGUAUCAGCCUUUUAUCGAAUUCAAAAAAGACGAAGCUCCUUUCUACGCUUACAAUUUCUUAGCUACAAAUCUUUAAGAUCUCAUUAAGCUAAAAAUGAAAAACUGCCCAUAAAUAAUUGAAGUCAUCUUUAGUGAGGAAAUGCUUGCAGGAUACGUAGGAAUAUUUUCUCAUUUAAUCAAGUUCAGAUACGCAAAUAAAGUUUUGCAACAAAAAUGGAAACAAAUUAACAGAAAUAUUAUUACAUGGAAUUCUAAUAAAAUGGAAACAUCUCACACUAAAAAGCAACUUGCAAGGUUAUCUCAGAGCUUAAGACAUAAAAUAUAAAAUUUCAUAGGAAACUUUUAAAAUUAUUUAUAUUUUGAUAUAAUUGAAAAUGCUUGGAAAAUGUUGAACAAAGCUUUAAAAAAAUGCAAAAACUUCCAAGAGCUGCUAUUGAUCCAUACAAAUUAUCUUAAAUACAUUCAAUAAAAAACAUUUAUGAAAACACCUAACUAGAUAAUUGAACAAUACUUAAAUGAAAUACUCUAAAUAUAAAUCUAAUUCGUCAAUAUACUUGAAAACAUCAUUUCCUACUAAGAAGAAAUUGAUUAUAAUGAAGAAGGAGACUAAUAUAUCUAAAAAAUACACCAACUCAAUCAGAAAUUUUAAAAUUAUGAAGAUUUCCUAAGCAAAUUAAUAGACAGAAUAAGAGAGAAAGAAACAUUAUAAACAUAAAAAUUAAUAAAUUUUAGUUGA